AUGUUGGAGUCAGUGAGGCAGCAGGUUUAUAAACAACUGAACCAGGCUGAUCCGAGUCUCCAGGACACAAUGAGCGCAAAGUUAGUGGACGAGGUUCCUGCGUGUCUCAGGGUCGUGGGCAAUUUAUUGAAUAAAGAUGUUUACGUGGCGGAGGGAGAGUUGAGCUCACACAGCUCCGUGGUUUUUAAAGAGGAGGUCGAGGAGCAUGAUGGGGAACCUGGUGAUGAUGGAGGCGGUGAUCUUCUGCUGGACGACAGGAGCGCUUCACCUGAGCUGCAGCUCCACGGGGACUUGGCGCAGUACGUGGCCACUUUACGCACGCACCCUUUGGCGUUUUCUGGGAAGUUCUCGGUGGAGUCCCGAGCUGCAGGGGGACCGUGGACACCCGGGGACAUCAUCAACGUGGUCUGCGCUGACCUCGUGUCCCCUGACCCGACCACCGAGCCCGGGUCGACCCCAGCAUCUCCCGGUCUUUACGCAGGAGGAGGGGGAGAGGCCGUGGACAUGGCGCACGGUCAGCCGGACAUCAGCCACAUGUACGCGCCCCCUCACCCCCACUCUCACCCUCACUCUCAUCCACAUUCACACCCGCACCCCCACCCGCACCCCCACCCGGCUCCUUCCUACUCGUGCAGCGCAGACAUGUACCCAGACCAGCCCUCGGGUGGAUACUACCACGCGCCUCCGUCCUACAGCUCUGGGCCCAAACCCUCCGUGGACGGGUCCGCGCUGCUCUCCAUCCUGCCGGAGUACGGGGGCUUUUACCCGCAGAGCUGCCAGAGAGACCUCCAGGGGGGCUUCCCCGAGAGGAAAUCCCUCCCGUACCCUCUGGACUCCCUCAGGAUGCCUCCGCCUCUCACGCCUCUCAACACCAUCAGGAACUUUACGCACGGUGCGCCCUCGCCGGCCUCCGAUGGGCCACUGGCCGCCGCCUUCCCCAGCCACCAGAACCUCCCUCUGAGGCCCAUCAUGAGACCCAGGAAGUACCCGAACCGGCCCAGCAAGACCCCGGUGCACCAGAGGCCGUACCCGUGCCCGGCGGGGGGCUGCGACCGCAGGUUCUCCAGGUCGGACGAGCUGAGCCGGCACCUGCGCAUCCACACGGGCCACAAGCCCUUCCAGUGCCGCAUCUGCAUGCGCAACUUCAGCCGCAGCGACCACCUCACCACGCACAUCCGCACGCACACCGGGGAGAAACCCUUCUCCUGUGACCAGUGCGGGAGGAAGUUCGCCCGGAGCGACGAGAGGAGGCGACACAUGAAGAUCCACCUGCGGCAGAAAGAGAAGAAAACCUCUGCGUCCUAA